UCUGUCUUUUAGGGGACUGCUGGAAUUCCAGGUCUGAAGGGGGCUCCAGGUGGCACAGGCUUCAGAGGACUAGAUGAAGACAACGGAGAUGCUGGAACCAAAGGAGACAGGAGUUCUGUUGGUGCGUCAGGGAUCCAAGGCCAUCAGGGUGAGAGGGGUCAGAUUGGCCUCUCAGGGCUUCCUGGUCUCAGAGGUCAAGCUGGUCCCCAAGGCAUCCAGGGUGAAGACGGAGAGGUCGGCCUCCAGGGAGUGGUUGGAAAGGAAGGGUCAAAGGGCCACAGGGGAGCUCCAGGCCGCAAUGGGAAGUCGGGACCUAAAGGACCCAGGGGCCGUGGUGGACAGCCUGGUCUUUUUGGUAUACCUAGAAUCCCGGGUUUUAGAGGCCACAUUGAGACUGGGGGAGCAGAAGGAAAGCCUGGGUACUCCUGGCUCUGCUGGCAUUCCUGCAUCUAAAGGAGACAGAGGAUUCUCAGGCCUGGGGGGAGAGCCAGGACAAGCAGGUCCCCCAGGCACUCCUGGUCCUGCAGGAAAGCCUGGACAAGACGGCAGUCCUGGGCCACCUGGUGAUAAGAGCUUCACAGGGAAAGUUGGCAUGGAGGGUCCCCAAGGGCCAGUGGGCAUGUAUGGAGAACCUGGUGUGAGAGGUCCCGUCGGUAUCCCUGGGAAGAGUGGACCACCGGGCCGUCAAGGAGAGACUGGACCCAAUGGCAUACAGGGAUCACCCGGUCCUCCAGGCCUCCCAAGGCUGGAGGGCAGGACAGGGAAGCCAGGCCCUUCAGGAAGCCAGAGGCUUGUGGGGGCACAGGGGUCAGCUGGGCCCAUCGGGUUUCCAGGCACUCCUGGGAUGGAUGGUGUGAUGGGGCAGGUUGGAGAAAAAGGAGAACAGGAGCAGCAGGGCCUGUUGGGGACAGUGGGCCAUCUGGACUGGACGGACAGCAGGGUCCCCCAGGAACAGUUGGUGAGGAGGGGCUGUCUGGGAAAAAGGGGGAACAGGGUGCUCCAGGUCCCUUUGGAAAGCCAGGGCCCAAGGGACUCCAGGGAGAGCCAGGGCCACAGGGCUCCCAGGGGCUGCAGGGGGAGCCUGGGCCAAGGGGCAAAGAGGGAGAGAUGGGAGGUUUCGGCAACAGAGGAGAUCCUGGUCCUAAAGGACUUAAGGGGGCAAAUGGACCUUGUGGAUUCCCUGGGUUGGAGGGGCCCUCGGGAGCUCUUGGGGACAAUGGGAAAAGAGGAGUGAAAGGAGGGAAGGGCCACGGAGGACUGGCAAGGUGGGGUUGAUGGGGGAAGCUGGACCGUCAGGCUUGUCUGGAUUGGAAGGUGUUCCAGGUCCUUUUGGAUUGGCUGGGGCUGAUGGACCACAAGGGCAGAAGAGGGACAAAGGCCCUUAUGGUGUGGUUGGGGAUUCUGGAAACGCAGGCCUUAAGGGCGUGUCAGGAAGAAGAGGAUUGAAGGGUGACAUGGGAAAAUCUGGACCAAAGGGCAUGGGGAGGCAUGGGGAGACAGGGGAAGAUUGGUCCAAAGGGUUUCUCUGAACAUGAGGGGCCCGAAGGUGAGCCAGGAGAGAAAGGAGAACCAGGA